UAUAAUAUACACGUACUUGGGUAUGAUAAUGACAUAUUAAUUUUCUAGUGAAAUAUAUUCAGCCCUUUGUGUCAAGAACGUAACGGGAUUCGUUCUCUCUCUCUGUUCACCCCCAAGUCUUCCGUCCUCAAGGAUUAACAAUAUCGAAUCGCAUCCUAAUUCAAUCCUUCAAGGGCAUGGUUUUAACAUCCUACCUUUUAAAAAAAGUAUCCUAUCCAUAUUGGGAGCGUGUCAGAUCAUCCUUCGGUUGGUGGGGAUCCUACAUAGGGAUCCUGCUGAAAAUGCUCACAUCCUCAAUUAUUGGAGUUGAAUCCUGACAUUACCCUUUAUUGGGUGAAUCCUAUUGUUGUAGGUCGAGCCAAUCCUGCACUGGUGGGGGAGGGGAACUCUUGCUUUUAUAUCCUUUCUUGGGUAAGUCACACAACUGUAGGAUUCCAGAAGGUUGUCUACUACAUGUCACGAAUCUAUACUUUGGUAUGAUAUCUACACAGGUAGCUGAGGUAGGCGAUCUACAAUUUCCAAGAAAGGCUAGUUGUGUCGUUUGUUAUAACAAUUUAACUACCUAAUUUCCUCAGUAACAAGCUAGAUUGCUACCUAUUGUCCAAAGUAAUGCAAGUUGUGUCGUUUGUAACAAUCUAGCUUGCUACCUAAUUUCAUAAUUAGUUAACUAGAUAGAUUGCUGUGUAUAGUUAGUUAAAAAAUAAACCAGUCCUUUACCAUUUUUAUAUUUAGUAAGCUUCUAUAUUUCAGUUUAAAUAUUUCAGUCAGUAGCAAAGCCCUGAAGAUGAUCGCAAAGGAAUUCUGCAAUGAAAUUGUACGUUGUAGAUAUUUUGACCGUAGAUAACAAGCCAAAAUUGAAUUUGUACGUUGUAGAUAUUAUGACAUUGUAGAUAACGAGCCAAACAGCACCUUCCAGAAUCCUAUGCCCUACCGUAGGAGCGGAAGGUGCAGUUACCUGGGCCAAGGCAUGAUUCAUCCUACAGGACUUCGGUGUGCAUGGCAAACGUCCCUUGCCUUAUAUAAGCAAAAUUGUGCCCCGGGUACGUGUCGACGCCCUUGGUGGAUAGAGAGAGAGAGAGAGAGAUAGACCGGACGCACGCACGCCCAUAAUUGCCGUCCUAUACGCCCACGUGGGGGGAAAACGGCGUUUGGAUCCCGAAACUGUCUCGUUCUCCGUCGCGCGUGCGCGCGAGGGCUGCGUUGUUGACAGAAUUUAAAAAUGGCAGGCAGGGGUCUGCAGUCUCCCGCCUUGCGGGACAAACAGUCAUAUAUACACGUUUAUUAUUUUCCCGUCGUCAUGAAUGAAAUCUUGAGAGGAUGAGUCAUCUGACGUUGCGUAGGAGGACGAAGGAGUAGACAGCAGCAGUAGGAGGAAAUCGGAACUGUGAGUCAGGAGAGUAAACAGAGCCUUCUUAGAAAACCGGCCAUAGUUUUAUAAAACCGAGCGCGAGAACGCAUCAGUCACCCCUUCUUCCCCUGAGAGACGUAUUGGCGGUUUCAUAGAAAACGGGAUAUGAGAGAGAGUGAGGGAGGGGGGAAGAACGAGCUGGAGAGCCAUUCUACUACAUACAAAUCGCUCAGUGGCUCAGUGUGCCACAGAGCGACGUAGUGUGAGGACGAACCCUUUCUGAGGAAAGAAAGUGAUACACAUUCAACACAUGCGUCGUCCUGACGGCGUCUAGAUUUUUUAUAUAUAUAUACUUCCACUUUACUCACGAAUUCUCAAAUAGCCCACACAAGCGAAAGAAGAGGAAUAAUUGAGAAUAUAAAAAAAUAGUUUUAUAUAUAUUUUUGUUAAAACUACGAAGGGUCUUUGCAAAGUGCCUUAAUAUCGAAAAAAGUGAAUUUUCUAAAAAUAUAUACGAGUGAUUUUUAAACAAGUACAAGCGUCGAAGCAUUUGUUACUUUUUAAAAUAAAAAAAAAGAAAAUAUCUUUUGUCUGGAAAGUCUAUUUGAAAUAGAGAAUCCCGCCAUAGUGAGAGUAGUAUUUUUUUAUAUAUCGAAUCGCAAUAAAGAAAACCACUUAAAUAUUUUUAUAAUAUAUAUAUACACACAAACGCUUGAUUCUAAUCAUCCGAUUGACUUGACAAAGAAUUGCCUGAGAUAAAUUCUUUUCUUGUUAUUAACGAAAAAAAAAAAACGACUGAAUUACUGAAGACUUAUUUAAACUAUUAUAUAUACCCACAACCUGUGAUCUACUCAGUUAUAUUUUACAACCACCCUCCCUCUUACGACCCCGCGAGAAAAGAUAUUCCGAGAAUAAGGAUAUAUAUUUAUUCCUGUGAUCUACUCGUGUUGUGCUACAACCUCCCAACAACUGCGUGAUUAUUCUACAACACAAUACAACCUUCAACAACCGCGGAAUCGUUCUACAACCCCAACAGAAAAUAUUUUUGUUAGCAGACAAAUUACGGGUUUGAAAGCAAUAACACUCAUUCCUGUGAUCUUCUACUCGUGUUGUGUUACAACCCCCUCCCCCCCCCAAACACCCGCUCAAUCAAUCUACAACCCCGCUCACAACCCAAAGUAAAUUACAAUAAAACACGAAUUUGGAAAUCAUAAGAUUUAUUCAACCAUAUCUAUAAACUCGUAUCCACAACCAGUGAUCUACUCGAGUCGUAGUCUUACUUACAACCGUUGUACACAACCCCACCCCCCCCCCUUCCCCUCACAACAGCCAAUAAUGUUUGAAAAUGACUUCUUGGCAUUUACCCUAUCCUAACCCCUCACCCCCCGACCACCAACACUACCCCUCAGGCGGAGACCAUCAACACCAUCACAAUCCACAACAGCAGCAGCUACAAUACUCGUACCAACAAUCACAACAACAACAACAACAUCUACCGUACCAUUACCAGCAAAACUUGCAACCGCAUAUUUCUCAUUAUCAGUUGAACCAGCAACAUCCACAGCUGAACAGCCUCGAGGGCGUACACAGCGGCGUCCCCACCCGUACCACGCCCACCCUGACGCCCACAACUCUCAGGAACAUUGAGCAGACCUUUCUGGAAUUGGAGACUCUGCCUGCGCCCGAAAAUCAUUCCAACCAGGCGGGGUUUGUGCCCCCCCUCGUGCAGCCCAACGGAGGCAGUACUUACGUGUCAGUGGACAGCAAGUGCUGGGGGGGAGGGACGCUGACGCAGAUCCCUCACACGUCCUCCGUCACAUCUUCGCCCUCGACGUCUCCAGGGGCGUUGCACGGCCGCCAACAGCCGCCUCCCACCACCACCUUCACCUCGACCUCCUCCGCUCUGGCCAUGCCCUCACAGAUCCACCAACACCAGCAGCAGCACCUCCCCAGCAGGAGAAUGGGAGGAAGACGCCCUGUCAAAGACGAGAAGUAUGAUGACAGCCUUUUUCUAUGGUCUUCUUCCCCCGAACAGCUCAGCAUCGAGGAGGAAGAGAAGCGGAGCCUCCGGCGGGAAAGGAACAAGCUGGCCGCCGCCCGCUGCCGGAAACGCCGCCUGGACCAGACUAACAUGCUGCAGGACGAGACGGACGACCUCGAAGGCAAGAAGUCCGGCCUCCAGCAGGAGAUCCAGCUCCUCCAGCAGCAGAGGGACGAGCUGGAGUUCCUGCUGGCCACGCACAAGGCCGUCUGUCGCAGGCGCUUCCAGAGCAACAACAACAACAAUAAUAACCACAACAACAACUCGUCCUCCUCGUUGGCGGCGCCUCCUCCGUCUUCGACGACUACCUCGACUGCUACGCCCACGACCCUCACCACCUCCUCCUCGUCCGCUUUACAUCAUCAUCAUCAUCAUCUUCCCCACCACCACCACCUCCAGCAGACGGGCGGGGCGCCGCCCCCGCCCAGCAAGAAGAUCCUGACGGCGGCGAUGAAGGCCGAGGAAAUCAUCGUCAAGGAGGAACCUAUAGAGGACGAUGACGACGAUGAUGAAGACGACGACGACGACGAUGACGAGGAGAUGGUUCCCGUGCCCAAGCCCGAGGUGGUCGUUCCUGCCGCCGCCCACCGACCCCGCAGACCCACUAGCCUGGCCGUGGCGCCCGUGGCGCUGAGGACCCCGAGCGUGGCGGACCUGGGCGUGCCCAUCGAGACCCCCUCGGCCGGCCUGCGCGGGCUGAACUUCGAGUCUAUGAUGGAGGGCGGCACGGGGCUGACGCCCGUCACCAGCGGGUCGACGGCUCUGACGCCCUUCCAUACGGGGCUCACGCCCCUGACGACGCCCGUAGUCACGGUACCAUCCUCCACGACGUCCUCCUCCUCCUCCGGCAACUGCGGAUCGCAGCAGAGGUCGUCUUCGUCGGACCUCUCCUCGCCCGAUUCCGUGCCUCCGAAGUUGGUGUCCCUCUGAGGAGGAGCAAGGAGGAAGGAGGAGGAGGAGGAGGAGGAGAGGGUCGUCUGUCUGUCAGUCUGCUCAGGCUGGGUGCUUUCAUCGUCUCAUGAAGAAGAAGAAGAAGAAGAAGAGGAGGAGGAAGAAGACGAAAAAAAAACUCCUGACAACCAAUUCUCUAUUUUUUUUUUUUGUGAAGCCACGAGACCAUUUCUCAAUUCAAACAAACAAACAAAACUUGUAUGCCUUCGGAAGCCGCCUUUUUCCAUUUAUAUAUAAAAUAUAUAUAUAUAGACAUUAUUAUAUAAUAAUUCUAUUUCCAGCGUAUGCAUAAAUACACGCCCUCAACGUCUGUUUAUGUAUAUUUGUAGUGAUACCGCUAUGCACUUUUCCACUUAUGUCCCUGGAUUUUGAGUUCAAAUUGUUUUUUUUUUUAAACCACCACAAACAAACACGAAAAAUAAUAUUUCUUUUUCCUAAAAAAACACAAUUAUCUCCUUAAUUUUAUACACCUAUGAUGUUCAAAUGUUUUUGUCUGUCCUAAGUCAGUAAUAAUAAUAAUAAUAGUAAUAAUAAAAGUAAUAAUAAUAGUAGUAGUCAUUAGUUGUUUUAACACUUAACCCCCCCUGUAGGAUGUAUGGUGCUCAUUGUAUAGUGACGACUGUGAAAUGGUGUAGUUGGCCAACAAGCCCUCAUUUAAAAAAAUUUUAGUAUUUUUUUUACCAACCAUAAUUUUAAAAAAAUUUAUUUUCAUUUUUUUGUAAUUUUACCUCUAAAUUUUCCAAAAAUGUGACGUCACCAUUUUCCAAUGUGACGAGAUAUCUUUUACAAAAAUUGGAUGAUUGUUGAUAAUUGGUGAAGGAAUUAUUAUUAUUAUUAUUUUUUUUUAAUGUCUCGCGUCUAGUGUUCGUCAUUGGCCAUUUAUAAAAUUGACGAGGAAACUUUCAAUUCUGAAAUUGGUGAAUUGGCAUAUUUACUAAAUUGACUCAAUGUACGAAAGAACUUUAAUAUAUUGCUGAUUAAAUGUUACCAAAGAUUAAUUAUACGAUGUUUUUUUUUACGUGUGAAAUCCGGAAUUUAGAAGAAAAAAAAUUUUUUUUAACAGUAAAAUUCUACGAGAUUUUUUUGUGUAAAUUGUGAAAUCCGGAAUUUAUAUAAAAAAAUUCUGUUUUUACAGUUAAAUUCUACGAGAAUGUUUUUUGUAAAUUGUGAUAUCCGGAACUUAUAAAAAAAAGAUUGUUUUUACAGUAAAAUUCUACGAGAAUUAAUUUUUGUACAUUUUGAAAACCUGAAUAAACCAAAAUUCAAGAGCGCUUCAACAGCAAAAUUGCAGUAGGAUUUUUUUUGUAAAUUGUGAAAUCUAUAUUUUAAAAAAUACAAGAAAAGUUUAAUAGCAAAAUUAUACUUUUUUUUAUAAAUGGUGAAAUCUACACACAAAAAAUCAGAAAAGCUUCCACAUCAAAAUUAUACGAAAAUGUUUUGUAAAUAGUGAAUUUAAUUUACCAAAAAAAAAAAAAAAAUUAAAGAUUUUGGUAUAUUGUGAAAUCCCGGAUUUACAAAACUGAGCGAGAACUAUCGUAAGACAUUAUAAUAUUGUCUGGUGUAAAAACAAAAUCACAGCAAAAAAUCCAGAUAGUGAUUGAAAAAUAUGAGAAUUAUAAUAAUCUCGUCUUGACAAACCUUCACCAUUAUUUGUUGACAAGCAACCAACACUCCCAAGCCCCGCCCCCUUUAACCAGUGUUGUUGACGAAACCUAGUACUACGCCCCCCUACGGACACAUUUUGCCUUACACUUGUUACAAUUAAGAUUGUGUGAAUGUGAAGAUAUAAAUUACAAAGCGUGUGAAUUACGGAGUCAGCUUUUGACAGCAUGAACCAAAAGAAGCGUCGUUUGUAUCCCCAAUAAAAAGUGACUUAGAAAAAAUAAAAAAUAAAAACUAUUUUGGGAGAGAGUGACCAUCGGUCUAUAGACAACACUUGAGGUAUUUUUCAAGUGUUCUGAAAAGUAGCUGAAUGUGUAAUUCGAUGUUGGUCGAGUUCUCCACUUUCUUUAAAAGUGCUUGAGGAAAAGUUGUCCAAGUCUGGACUUUCUUCCUACUUUACAAUCAAGUUUUACUGCACUGAGAACCAUUACGUGUACUUAGAUUUGAUACCCAGAAACAUAAAAAAUAGAAACUAAUUCAAUUUUGAAAUUAUAUUUUUAAACCAAGUCGAAUUUCCUUACACGCAACAACAACAAAA